AUGGGAUCCACAAAGUCACGUGAACUACAGGAGAAUGCAGAAGCUUUAAAUUCAUUAUUGAAGAGACAUUCAGGGGAGAUUAAAGAAGAGAAACUAGUGAACUUAUUACAAUGGAUACAAGCCACAUUACCAAGAACUCCAGUGGCUGGAGCAUUAAACAUAACUACAUGGCAGAAUAUCGGAAGGACAUUGAGACAUGAGGCACUGCUCGGAGAUAUGGAGGCUUUUAGAAAUCUGCCUGCAUGGUCUCGAGUGAUGGACACCUUAAUAGCCGCACACAAAAAGGCAAGUUCAGCCGCGAGAUUAAACUCUAGACAUCCCUCCCACCCCCCAAACCCUGGUCCAGAAACUAUCCUUAUACAAGUAGAAAGUGAUACUGAAACUGGCGGCGGGGAGGGCUUGUCGGGCAGGAGGGAGGAGAGAAACUGGGAUAGUGAAAGAUUUGUUGAUAAAAGAGUGCGGUUUCACAGCAGCCACGGACGGGAGGGAAACAAUAGGGGUUACAAUUCAGAGCAAGCUUCUCGCGGGCGCGCGGGUCCGGGAGAUAGCGAGCUGGGCUGGGUGCGUGACUCAAACCGCGGGGCUGCAGCGGGGGUUCAAGCACGGUAUUCAGGCCGAGGGACUGACACCGGGGAACGUCCAGCGGGCUUGCGCCGAGAGGGCCGGGGGGAGUGUGUGCAGACGGGCAUGUACCCUUUGCCCGUGGCAGGCUCUCAGCCACAUGGCGAGCACAUGGCUGCAAGGGCAGCGCCAUCUUGUUCCCCCAGGGAACAGGAAAUGAGCCUCCCUCUUCCGCCCGCGCAGCCAUGCUAUCCCGACCACGCGGCGGGAGGGUACCCUUCUCUUCCGGUGGCACGGCCAUCUUCCACCGGCCACGCGGCGGGAGGGUGUCCUCCCCUUCCGGUAGAGCGGCAAAUUUGUACUGUGCCUGUGGCAGAGGCCGAUAGUGACGGCACAGAGUACAGUGACACGGGGGAGGACCCGGGAGAAGGGUUAUAUGCGAUGGCUCUGACCGAGGACAGAUCUAUGAAUGCAGAAUCGCAUGCGAGAAAUUGGAAUAGAUGCCGAGAGGAAGCAGUCAAAUCAGGCGAUUGGGAAAUACUACGUGCAUGCCCAGUAGUAUACCGACCGCGGCAAAACCCUCAGUUCCAGAGCUUACCGUAUGAGGUGACUAAGGAUCUGAGGCGAAUAGUUAAAGAAAGCGGUGUUUCCUCGUCCCAUAUGUUCUCCUAUUUGGAGACGAUGGGUAGCACAUAUGUAUUUACCCCCCAUGACUGGAAAACACUGUUAAAAAUGGCCUUAAGCAUUACCCAAUACUCUGUAUGGCUUUCAGACUUUCGGGAAAGCUGCAUUGCUUAUGCAAAUGAACCGGGUGCUUUACAGGCAGGCAUGACUACUGAUCACCUAGUGGGUGAGGGGGCUUACUCAGCUCCCGGGGCACAAAUUGGCUAUCCACGAGAGAUUUAUGAAGUCAUAUCAAAAAUGGUUUUAAGAUCAGUGCGAAAGCUUCCUAGUACAGACAAAGACAGUAAUUUGUCGUUUGCAAAAGUCUUACAGGAAGCCACUGAGACAUUCCCAAAAUUUCUUGAUCGGCUACAAACUGCCCUAAACAAACAGGUAGAUGAUGACACUGCCAGGGAGUUGCUUUUUAAACAGCUCACAUAUGAAAAUGCAAAUAAUGAUUGCAGGCGAGCUUUGCAAUCCCUACCGAAAAGAGAAAGCUGCACGAUUGCUGAAAUGGUGCGAGCUUGCCAGAAUGUGGGAUCUGUCGACCACCACUCUACUUCCAUUGCAACGGCGUUAGCUGCCCAGCUAACAUUAAAUAAAGGGGAAAAAGAAAAGGGUUGCUGUUAUCGAUGUGGGUCAACUAAUCACCGCAUUAAAAAUUGCCCUAAAAAACCCCCCUUCACAGCGUACCACAAAUGCUGUAAGGGAAAGCAAUGGGCUUGUACCUGUAGGUCGCGAGCUGACCACGGGAACAGUCCUGCGUUCUCGGGAAACUACAGGCGGGGCGCGAGGUCGCGCGCCCCCUGCAAUCAAAUAAAUUCGGCCCCAAACAAUAUGCCCGCGAUUUGCUCGCAGCCACCACAGGAAGCGCUGGCCUGGACCUGGCCUCCAGAAAGCCAGUAA